AUGGCGUCGAAAUACACUGCUCUACCAGUCUCCGAGGCCAAGUGGGCCACUACGACUGACGAUGGUACGGAGGAAACAGGUUCUUCGAGCCGGGGCUUCCGGUACAUGGCCAUCGCCGCUCUUGCAGCAGUCUCGAUCUUGCUCAUCUUCACAUCCGCCUCGACGUACACGAUAUUAUCACCUUCACAAGAAGACUUCAUCCCGUUCCAGCUCAACGCAUAUCCACCGCAAACUGUUGAGGAAGAUCUCUACCGUGACAGACUCGUGGCGCUGAACACAAGUGAUCCAAUUGUACCCAGCACCACAAACACCAAGGGGUUGCGAUAUGCCAUCCUCCUGCCGACCUUCUCAGGCCAUUUCGCCUUCGUUGUAGACUUUUUCCAGUCCCUAAAAUGCCUCUGUACCGAUUUCCAAGAAGUCGACUUCAACAUCAUAGUCUCAGACUACCAAGAGCUCCAAGACCUCGAACUUCUCCUCUCCCAACUCGAACCCUGCCACUCAACCUUCAGCCGCUUCGACACGCCGCCAGGAAACAUCAACGGCCCCAACCCACGAGCCACCAUCGUCACCCUAUACGACGUCCUCCCACCUACACUCCAAAAAACCGAAGGCAUUAGUACUAACGACACGGGUCCCUUGCUCGCCCACCGCGGCAAGUACAUCUACCAGUCCAUCAAGAAACUCUCCGCUGCCUUCCAUUUCGACUAUGACUGGGCUCUUUGGCUCGACUCAGAGGCCAUUGCUGUCCGUCCCUUUAGCAUCCGCAACACCUUCGAUACGUACGUAAAGCACCCCACUAUCUGGCGCUCGCGCAUGUCCAAGAACCAAGGCCAACACGAGAUCAUGAACAACACGGCAAUGGUCUUGGGUCGGUCCAUCGAGUCCUUCGGCCUCCCCUUUUGGACGCUUGAGAGCGUCGAAUGGAUAAUCGAAAAGCCCAUCAUCAACGACCUCUAUUCGUACGUCUCGGCCGCCCACGCCACCGACUUCUGGACCGUCUGGCUUGACCAAGGCAUCAACUUCGAAGUCAAUCUCUACAACAUGCACAUCCACGCCCGCAAGCUCGAGACCGUCGACUCCAUCUUCUCCAAAUACCAAGUCCUCGAAACCGAGCGGGAGAUGAUUCGCUUUGGCAUGGCACCAGCAUUCCCGCAAAUGGAAACCGCCCAAGGCACCGGCUUCCUAGAGCGCGGCUUCUCCCUGCUGCGCCACCCGAACAUCCAACCCAACUUUAGCGGCUUCCUGUCCCGCUACGGCCAGCGCCUGUUCCGCAUGGACGACCUGGGCGUCGCGGAUCCCGAAGUCAUCGAUCGCUUCUUGCUCGAUACGCCGAUCGACUUGCUGUGUUCCGGGGCGCCGCCGUUGCAUCGAUGGUGGGGAGAGAGGGUCGAAAGGGGCGAGAUUCAAGUUGGGAAAAGGGAAGAGGGGGAGGAUGGAGGCGGGAGUUGA